AUGUCCCACUUAAAGUAUGCGUCUACACCACAAACCACAAACUUAGCACGAACCUCCCGCCUUAUACUUGGGCCAUGUGCUGACAUGAUGAGGGAGGUACUUCUCAAUGAGGUUCCAACGACUGACCUGUCCAGGAGAGUUGAAAAAUGGUUAAAAUCAGCAAAGAAGAACCCACUCCAUAUUUCGCAAACUGAUUUGAUUUUCCCUCCACCGUCAAGUAUCUACGGUGGAAAUUAUUCCGACAUGGAUAUAUCCUUGCUUUAUAUUCUCCUGCGUAAUGUGACUAAGCUACCUGCACACAGUCAAGGUUGGGGUAAUGAUCCUGACACUACAGACAGAAGUGUAUCGGCAAAUAUGGAGCGUAUCAGGUUCAUCAGAAACAAACACUACGGACAUGCUGUUGAAAUUGGCAUACCUGAUGCCGAUUACCAAAAUGAGUUUAUGAACAUUCGCAAAAUUGCCGAAGAUGUUGAUAUUUAUUUUGGCGGUACAAAAUAUCAGAAAUCGGUGGACUUUAUCAAAACAGACACAAUGGACGCGGAGCAGGAAAUGAAAUGGAUAAAACAGCUUGCAAUAUUUGAGUCGGUGGUCUCAAAUGUAGAGGAAAACACCAAAGAAAUACAGAAACUGAAACAUAAAAUAGAAAACACGGGGUUUGAGAAAUUAG